UGUCUUUACAUCAUUUCAGUUUCAUCACCCUGUUGAUGUGUUGUAAUUGCGGCUGCUUAUUGAUAUAUUAAUAAUUGGUGAUGCUUUAAGAAUUUCGAUAGAAAGAAUUUAUUAUAAAGAUUUACGGACACGGUAAAUUAUGGCUAAUAGACUUUUAAAGGAUCCAGCAACAGCCAGUAGUAGAAUUUUUGUAGGACAUUUGCAGACAGAAACUCUAAACAGAGCUGAAUUUGAAGAACAUUUUGCAAAGUAUGGUUCAGUUGUGGGAUCAGUAAUAAAUCGUGGUUUCGCUUUUGUACAAUUUGAUGACGAGCCAGCUGCACGAGCUGCUAUACAGAGUGAAAACGGUGCAAUGUUUAAAGGAAGACGAAUGGAUGUAAAACCUGCGAAGCAGGAUGGUCCAGGAGGUGGUAUGGGUGGUGGCGGAGGAGGGAUGGGCGACGGAAUGAAUAGACAAGGUGGACCAAAACCAUUUGGUUUUGGAAACGAUUCAUUUAAAGGUGGAAAUCAAAAUUUUCGGGGAAAUAAUCAGAAUUUUGGCGGUGGAAAUUCAAAUAUGGGAAAUGAUAAUUCAUUUCAAAAUACAUCAAUGCGAGGAAGUGAUGAAUCAUUAAAUCGAGGGGAUCAAUUUAAUGACAACAAUAUGGGAGGUCGAGAUAAUAAUGAUCAAUUUAAUAAUGACAGACAGGGUAAUCAGAAUAGAGGCGGUAAUGAUUCAUUUGGAGGUGGAAAUCAAAAUAGAGGUGGCAAUCAGUUUGGUGGAGGUGGACCUAAUCGACCUGGUGGUAUGUUAAAUCAAGGUAUGGGAGGUGGUGGAGGAGGAGGUGGCGGCGGCGGUAGAAAACGUGGUUCUAGAGGUGGCAAAAAUCGAAAAAAUAUGGAUAAUUCUGGAGGACCUGGUGGUCCUGGUAAUCAGGGAGGUCCGGGUGGUCCUGGUUUUAGAGAUCGCAGUCCAAUAAAUAGAAAUAAUCGUAUGGACGACAUGGGUGGACGUGACUGGGAUAUGGGUAAACCAAAUAUGGGAGGAAGAGGAGGUCCUGGUUUCGGUCGGGAUUCUUUCAAUGAUGGAAAUCGUUACGAUGAUUAUAAACCUCAAUUUGGGCCAUCUGUACCACCUUCUGAUUAUCCUCCGGCACAAAUGGAAAAGAAUGACUGUGAGAUUAUUGUUGUUAACAAAUCCUUGACGGAAUAUGCUGAAGUAAUUGAAUCACGUCUUAAAAAAAUAGGACUGACGGUAGAUUUGUUAUUUCCAAAUGAAGAAGUUCCUCUAAGUCGAGUACUUGGAAAUAUUGCAAGUAGAGGUUGUUUAUACGCAGUGGUGAUCAUGCCUGUUAAUCAAGAACAUCGUUCUUUAACAUUAAAUAUUUUACACGGCUUACCACAAGAACACAGAAAUAUGCCCGUGGAAGAUGCGAUAAAUUUAAUUGCACGUGAUUUUGCUAAUUGUAAAGCUGGUAAUCGUUCGGUUCCAUUAAAUAUUCCUAGCAAUAAUGAUCGUCAUCCUGAUGCUGUUCAAGUGCUAUUGAAUAUGUUAGCUGACAAUUUGCAAUUAACGGUUCUUCAAUACGAUAGGAUAAUAAAAUAUUUGGAAAUAAAAAGAGAAGAGCAAGUACAAAUUGAAAUUGGAGAUUCAAAAGAUUUACAUAAUACAAGUACACUAUCAGUCAGUGAUCCAAAACAAGCUGAACUACAGUCAAGAAUUCUUAACAUUCUCAAUAGUAAUAAGACAAAUACAACUGGACCAGCGCCGAGUCCAGUUCCAGCUCCUACACCAGCUCCAGUACCUUCAACCACUUGGGGAUCGGCAGCUUCAACAACCGCCGUUUCAUCGACGACAACAACUACAACAUCAGGGGUCACUCCAUCGCCACUUCUCAAUGAUCCAACUGUACAAAAGGCUCUAGACAGUCUUUUACAAGGAAAUUUAUUGAAAAGCAUUGGAGAACCACAAUCACCUGCAACAACAUCUGCACCACUAUUUGCCGCAUUUCCCAACAUUGGUCGUUUUUAACCAAUUUAUAUUUUGAUACUGAUGAGUUUUUUUUUAAAUUUAUCUAAUCACCAUGCAAAAUUGCUUUUCUUUUUAAAGUGUAGACAAAUUGAUGCAGUAAAUAUAUUGUAGUAAACACGUUUUUAUAACGGAUAGAAAGAAAAAAAGUUUUACAUGCAUAAUUUCAUACGACAAAAAAUUAUUUACACUCAUAAGUGAAUUAUUAUCACUGAAAUAUUUAAUUAGACUACUUUUGAAAUAACUUGAAUAUAAAAUAAAUUUAGUGAGUAGGUAUCGUUUACACUUUAAAGACAAAUGCAUUGUCACAUAAUUAUACUCCCUUUUUAUUAUUCAUUAAAUAUUUGCGGGAAAUAUUACAUUUUAAGUAUUUAGUUUUAUUUUUCAACGUAAUCUAAAAAACUUAAUGAAAAAUACGUAAACAAUUAUUCCAUUUUGAAAAGUUCUUCUCGCAAAAAUACAUAUUUUUCGCUAAGUAAUUAAUAGAUUACUUAUACAUUUGUAUGAAGAAAAAUAAUAUUUAAUGUUUUAUUUCCA